GCAAAACAGUUGCAAAUUGAAACUCGAAUCGCUCAGAUGGCAGCCGCAGCAGCAAUUCCGGAGCUUUUCAUCAGCCAUGCCACCAUACAGCUGAGGCAGCCAUCAAGUGUGGCGCCACCGCGAGUCUACGAGUGGCGCACGCAGGUCACGGGUCAGACGCAGCAGGCGCAGGAAGCGCCAGUCGAGCGCAUUAGGCAAAGCGGCAGCACAGCAGCAACAGCAACAGCAAAAGCCACGCCCACAUAUACGCCUCCGCGCAUUCAGGGCAAUGAGGCGAAACGCAAGAAUCUGCCACAAACGCUUUGCAACUUCUUCGAGGCGGAGCGCCACGACAGCGCCUGGAAUCGCGUGACUAAGUGAGAUGGAACAGUCAGCGCUUCAUAUAUAUAUAUAUAUAUGCAUACAUAUAUAUACAUAAACAUACGUUAUAAAUUAACCCAUUGUGUGCCAAUGCUGAAAGUAGGGCACCCAAAUAACCAAUAUAAUGUGCAUUAAGUUAUCUAAUCGUCAAA